UUCACUGCAGAUUCGUGAAGUUUGGAACUCGUACGAACUCGACCUCGUCAACUAUCAGAACAAGUGCCGCCUGAUUCGCGGAUGGGACGAUCUGUUCAACAAAGUCAAGGAGCACAUCAACAGCGUGUCUGCCAUGAAGCUCUCGCCCUACUACAAGGUGUUCGAGGAGGACGCUCUGAGCUGGGAGGACAAACUCAACCGCAUCAUGGCUCUGUUUGACGUCUGGAUCGACGUGCAGCGCCGCUGGGUUUACCUGGAAGGCAUUUUCACAGGAAGCGCAGACAUCAAACACCUGCUUCCUGUGGAGACGCAGCGCUUCCAGAGCAUCAGCACGGAGUUUCUGGCCCUGAUGAAGAAAGUGACCAAGUCUCCUCUGGUCAUGGACGUCCUGAACAUUCAGGGGGUUCAGAGGUCGCUGGAGAGACUCGCUGACCUGCUGGGAAAGAUCCAGAAAGCACUGGGAGAAUAUCUGGAGAGAGAGCGCUCGUCUUUCCCCAG